AUGCCAGCGCUUGCCUUGACCCCUACACAAGUGCUGCCCUCGACCCCCUGCCACGGACGGCGUGCCUGGCAUAGCUGCAGCGUGGCGUUGUUUAUGGAGCGAGGUGUGCCAGAGAAGCACUGGAGCAGCUGCUGUGUAAACCUGCCCGUAAAGAUGAUACUCAGCGAGAGCAGGCGACCGGGAGCACCCAGGGGAGAGACUGGAAGUGAGAAUGUGUCCCGUGUGCUGCGCGUUUGGGACGGGCUGGUGUUGAUGAUGUACAAACAGUAUCCAGUGCGAUGUGGAUACACGGGAUGCCUGAAGAGGGCUUCCUCAGAUGUCGUGUAG